GCUAUGCUCACUGCAGCACAAUUGGGUGGAAGGGAAUCCCUGCAAAGGGUAGCACAUACAGAAGGAGGGAGAAUACUGAGGAGAAAACUGCUGACAGAGAAGCAAAGAUGGAUCUACUUUCAACUCUCUACCUGGAAACCUGGGUCCUCCUGGCAAUGAGCCUGGUGCUCCUCUACUGGUUUGGGACACGUACACAUGGAGUUUUUAAGAAACAGGGAAUUCCUGGACCCAAACCUCUGCCUUUUUUAGGAACUGUGCUGAAUUACUACAAGGGUUUAUGGAAAUUUGAUGUUGACUGCUAUAAAAAGUAUGGAAAAAUAUGGGGGUUGUUUGAUGGUCAAAUCCCUACAUUUGCCAUCACAGACACAGAGAUGAUCCGAAAUAUACUAGUGAAAGAAUGCUAUUCUACGUUCACAAACCGGCGGAAUUUUGGCCCAGUGGGGAUUAUGAAAAAAGCUGUCUCCAUAUCUGAGGAUGAGGAGUGGAAGAGAAUCAGAGCCUUGCUGUCUCCCACCUUCACCAGUGGAAAACUCAAAGAGAUGUUCCCCAUUGUUGAACAGUAUGGAGAUAUUUUGGUAAAAUACUUGAGAGGAAAGGCAGAGAAAGGCAAGCCUGUCCCUGUGAAAGAAGUGUUUGGGGCCUACAGCAUGGAUGUGGUCACCAGCACGUCAUUUGGAGUGAACGUCGAUUCCCUCAACAACCCAAAGGAUCCUUUUGUGGAGAAUGCCAAGAAGCUCUUAAGAAUUGAUUUUUUUGAUCCAUUGUUCUUGUCAGUAGUACUUUUUCCAUUCCUCACCCCAAUAUAUGAGACGUUAAAUAUCUCCAUGUUCCCAAAGGAUUCCUUAGCAUUUUUCAAAAAAUUUGUGGACAAAAUGAAAAAAAACCGCCUGAAUUCUAAUGAGAAGCAUCGAGUGGAUUUUCUCCAGCUGAUGAUGAAAGCUCACAAGAAUGCCAAAGACAAAGAGUCUCACAAAGCCCUGUCUGACAUGGAGAUCAUGGCACAGUCAAUUAUCUUUAUUUUUGCCGGCUAUGACACCACCAGCACCACACUUUCCUUCGUCUUGCAUUCACUGGCCACUUACCCUGAUAUACAGAAGAAACUGCAGGAGGAGAUAGACAGGGCUCUGCCCAAUAAGGCAUCUCCCAGCUAUGAUAGUGUGAUGGAGAUGGAGUACCUGGACAUGGUGUUGAAUGAAACCCUCAGAUUAUACCCAAUUGCUAAUAGACUUGAGAGAGUCUGUAAAAAAGAUGUUGAAAUCAAUGGUGUGUUUAUUCCCAAAGGGUCUAUAGUGAUGAUACCAUCUUAUGCUCUUCAACAUGACCCACAGCACUGGCCAGAGCCUGAGAAAUUCCGCCCUGAAAGGUUUAGCAAGGAGAACAAGGGCAAAAUUGAUCCUUAUCUAUACCUGCCCUUUGGAUAUGGACCCAGAAACUGCAUUGGCAUGAGGUUUGCACUCAUGAAUAUGAAACUUGCUCUCACUAAAGUCCUUCAGAACUUCUCCUUCCAACCUUGUAAGGAAACACAGAUACCUCUGAAAUUAAGCAGAAAAGCACUUCUUCAACCAGAAAAACCCAUUUUUCUAAAGGUUGUGUCAAGGGAUGCAAUCAUAACUGGAGCAUGACUUUCUCUCAAGGAGUUCUGCUGUGCUUUUCAAAAAGGUGGUGACUAAGAACAUUGAACUCUUUAAUUUUCAUCAUGAAUAAAAUCAAGAUGGAGAUAGGGAUUAAUCAACUGGCCCUGAUUCAGUAUACCCACUGAUGUUUCUCUGUCUAUACAGAGAUCCAUAUCAUUUAAAGGUGAAGACUAAGUCAGUGACAGGACAGGAAAUUCAUCAUGUCUGGUUUUCAUGGGACCAUCUCCAUUCACAUAUGAUUGAAUCCAUCUAUUUCUUUUGAGCUAUUUUGAGAUUAACCAGAUAUCUGUAUUUUGAUCAAUAAUUUUUGAUGAAAACAUGAACUAUAGUGACAACUCAAAUUGUAAAAUCUGUGUAAGAUGUUUUAGUUGCAAUAUUCUGCAAUAAAAGUUACAAUGAAAAUAUAAAUACACAUCUCUUUCAAAAAAC